AAACUUGGAGAUUUUGCCCAGGUUUAGAAAACCCAGCGAAUAUUGGUUCUCGUGGACAGAAGGCCUCAGAACUAGCACAAAAUGAUUUAUGGUGGAAAGGCCCGCAAUGGUUAACACUUGAUCCCUCUGCAUACCCAAAUCGUGAGUUUUCACAAAGUGAUGUAGAACUCUCCGAAGAGUGCAUGAAAGAAUGUCGCGUUAAAUUACCUACCAAGGGGAAUACCACAGUGGUUAAUGUGACAAAUGUUAGUGAAACACAUCCACCAGAAACAGUCGGUUCAACAAAAAUCUCAGAGAUAAUAGACCACAAGUCUUACAGUAGCGUAACCAAGUUGUUUCGUGUUACAGCGUGGGUUAAGAGAUUCAUUAGAAAUCUCAAAACGAAGAAAGCCUGUGGUAAAAUUGAUCCAUUGUUAAAGCCAAAUACACUCACUAUUGAGGAAAUUGAUGAUGCAGAGAAAAUUUGGAUCAGAGAAAUACAGGAACAUGUGAAGAAACAGAAGAAUUACCAAGAUCUGACCAACCAACUCGGACUUUAUGCCGAUGAAGAUCACAUUAUCAGAUGUAAAGGAAGAAUGGAAAAUGCAUCUACUGACGUGGAAACAAGGAGCCCAAUUCUCUUGCCGAGAGAUCACAGCAUUUCUCAAUUGAUCGUGGAGUCCUGUCACAAGAAAGUCAAACAUGGAGGAAUAAAAGAGACACUAACAGAGUUAAGGAGUAAAUAUUGGAUUCCAAAAGGUCGUCAAUUGGUGAGAUACAUUCUUAACCGAUGUGUAAAGUGUAGGAAAGUCCAUAGUGUACCAUUUAAACCGGUUAAACAAGCCAGUUUACCAGAACAUAGAGUCAAGGGAACAGCAGCCUUUACACAUGUGGGGGUCGAUUUUGCUGGACCUUUGUUUGUAAAAACUAGCGACCCUAAAAAGCAGAUGAAGAAGACAUAUAUAUGUCUAUUCACAUGUUCUACCUCAAGAGCUCUACAUUUGGAACUUGUACAUGACUUAUCAACUACAGCUUUUAUUCGAUGUUUAAGACGUUUUAUAGCAAGGAGAGGAACUCCAGUAUCCAUUACAUCGGAUAACGCUAAGACCUUUAAAAAGGCAGAUAAGGAACUUGCGGAAUUGUUCAAAGAUAAGAAACUGGAAGAGUUCUUGACAACUGUUAGGAUCAAAUGGAACUUCAUAUUGGAACGUGCCCCAUGGUGGGGUGGAUACUAUGAACGUAUGGUACAGUUAGUUAAGAGGAGUCUACGUAAAAUACUCGGAAAUGCGAGAUUAACAUUUGAAGAGUUAACAACGGUGUUGACAGAAGUUGAGGGAUCACUCAAUUCUCGCCCAUUGACUUACGUAUAUUCGGAAUUGUCUGAUGGAGAACCAUUGACACCAUCACAUCUCGUAAUCGGAAGGCGGAUAUCAACAUUACCAGAUCCAGAGGAAUUUAGUGACAGUGAGGAAGAUAGUAAUGCAAUUGUACGGAGACAACGAUACUUGAGUCAAUUGUUGCAGCACUUCUGGAAGAGAUGGAACAAGGAGUACUUAGCUGAUCUACGGAAAUUUCAUCGAAAUAUUACAUAUACCAACAAUACGGUUCGGGAAGUAGAAGUUGGGGAAGUAGUUCUUGUGCAAGGAGAAGGUCUACCUAGGAGUCAAUGGAAGAUCGGUAGAGUUGAAGCUUUGCUUAAAAGUAAAGACGGUGAAGUACGAGGUGUAAAGUUACGAGCGUUGAAUAAGAAAGGGAAACCAAUCGUAUUACGACGUCCAAUUCAAAAACUUGUGCCAUUAGAGAUCAAGGAAGAAAGAAAGAAAAAACGAGGACAGUAAGGAGUCAAAACAAGAUGCAGACAUUCAGAACGAAGAAAAACCAACAAGACAAAGGAGAAUAGCGGCAAUAAACGCAGACUUGAAAAGACAGUCCAUGAUUGACCAGUUGUGA